AUGCCCACGAGACCAUUAUUCCCGGGAGCUAAGCCCGGCAUCAAAACGUCCGGUCGUCAGUCUUAUAUGGGACAGCAUGAAGCCAAUCACACGACGCGGGCGCUACCAACGAUACGCCAAACCGUGUUAUGUUUUCAGGCCGUCCCCAACUACAGUUUCAACUACGCUGUCAACGACCCACACACGGGCGACAACAAGGCGCAGAGCGAGCAACGCAGCGGCGACUACGUGAAAGGCUCCUAUUCUCUAGCCGAGCCCGACGGCACGAUCAGAGUUGUCGACUAUACCGCCGGCCCUCACAGCGGGUUUAACGCCGUCGUCAAACGAGUCGGCGCCGCUGUUCAUCCUCAAAUAAUUACCCCUAUUGUCAAAACCGUUGCGCCUAUAAUUGCACCGGCUAGUUUAGUCGGUGUCGGCGAUUGGGGAGGCCACGGAUAUACCGGCGGUUGGAACACAGGCCUUGGAGCGUGGGGCGUAGGCCUCGGAGGCCUCGGCUGGGGCCAAGGCCUCGGCGCGUGGGCCGGACACUAA